GUCACCGGUGCCCCGUUGGAGGCUUGUCAUGUGAUUGUGAGCAGAGAGAAGCGGAGUGAACGCGCAGGGAAUCAGCCACAGCGGCGGCGGCUCCUCGUCGGUGUCUGGUCACCAGAGGUGAGUGACAGACUGACUCCAGCUCUCACCUCAGAGGAGGGGACAAGUGUCAACCACCACCACAACAACCACCACCACCGCCGCCAUUGAUGUGUGAGCUGGUGAGAAAGUCACUGCAAAGCAGUGAGGAAGAGGAAGGUCUUCAGAUGGCUUUAAGUGAUGAUCUAAACAACAAUGAACUCAUGGACCUGUUAUUUCAGACUGAGCCUCUAUCAGAUCAGGAAUUUAGUGAUGGGACCAAGUUUAUGGAGGAUUGGGGACUUUGUGACCAAGAUAUGCUGAAUGACCACGACACUGAGGAUUUUCUAAACUCCAUCAUUGGUUCUUUUGAGGACGAGAGCCCUGCAAUUCUCUCCUGGUCUCCAGUGGGGAGUGACAGUGGGAUAUCAGAAGACAAUAAUCACUUUGUCCAAGCAGACAGCCUGUCAGGGAGCGAUGCUGCCCUGUCUGAUAGUCCCUCAUGUUAUGAUGUCAUUGUUUCCGACCAUAACUAUUCACUUGUUCAGGAUUCACAGCAGAAUGCAGAUUGUUUGUACAGUGUAAAGACUGAAACCCCAACAACAGAAACCGAUAUUUCAAUUGAUCUAGACUGGGAGCCUGAGUUUUUGACGGAAAACUCACAAGUUGUGCCAACUAAAAAUAGCACUGACCUUGUGAGCCUCACCAUUGAAGAUCUGCAGCAAUACAGUAAAUUAAACCCAUAUCAAUUUGAUGAACUACUGCUGAAUGAUGAAGAAAGAAGACUAUUAGCUAAAGAAGGCCUAUCCAUCCCAACAAAUCUUCCACUGACCAAGUCAGAAGAACGAAUCCUGAAGAGAAUCAGAAGAAAGAUUCGCAAUAAACAGUCUGCUCAGGAGAGUCGCAGGAGGAAGAAGGACUACAUUGAUGGCCUGGAGAGUCGAGUCGUUGCCUGCACGGUCCAAAACCAGGAGCUGCAGCGGAAGGUGCAACACCUGGAGAAACAGAACAUAUCCCUCGUUGAACAGCUAAGACGACUCCAAGCUCUCAUCAAGCAAGCAUCCAGCAAAACUGCCAACACGAGUACUUGCAUUAUGGUGUUCCUCUUGUCUUUUACACUGAUUAUCUUCCCCAGUAUCAACCCGUUUGGUGGAAAGCUUGUACCCAAAGAAGAGUCUUACAGCGUACUUUCCCGCACUCUGCUCGACACUGAGUCAUCCCAAGUACGGAUCAUCCCAAAUGACUACAAUGCUGAUCUGGAUAUUAACCCGGAGACAAUAGAAGAGAAACUGGCAUUGGGUCAAGAGGUUCCGGAAAGCAUCUUGUCAGGAGGACAGAACAGCACACCCGAGACAGCAAACUUAGCAAAGACGACCUCUGCUGCAACAUUAAGCAGUAAUUUCUCCUCUGAUACCGAUGGAGUGGUAAAAGCUCCCAUCCAAGAUGAUGUGAGCCUGGAAAGGAUGGCUUCCAUAAACGAGAAGGUGGGCUUCGGUGCAUCGGCAACAGUGGUGAACAAGCCAAACUGGACCGAGCAUUCCACUACCGUGAUCAUUAAAACCCACCCACGCUCCGACGAAAUGUAACUGAUCAGUGAUGUUCUGUAGCAGGUGUCUUCCUUGUUUUGUUUUUAGAGUAUUAAGGAGCUACAUGAGUGAACGUCUUCACCGUGUACCAUAUGGGUUGAUGUCUGAGGUGUUCCAGCUCCAGUUAGUUGGGAGUGGAUGUUAAGUUGGAUAUGAUGCUAUUCACUUUGUAAAACUCGGUCAUAAAUUGUACACCUUUACAUUUGUGACCCGAGUGUUGACUGAAAAAUCAACAUUAUACUAAAUCAAAACAUACAACAAAUUAUUCAGCAUCGCUUUGCCGGAUUCUAAACUUGACUUAGAAACUCAUUCCAUAUGCUAUCUCUGCUGGGUGUGCUGCUCCACUUUAUUUCCUGCUGAAAGCACCCUGGGUUGGCUGGCUCCUCAUGAGGUAUAUUACUUUACUGUGUUUGAACUGUUGGGAUCCACAGGGGCAGGUUCAGGUUAGUUAAAUGGAUCAAAUGUAAUUUUCCUCUGCACUGCAUGAUGCGCCUGUUGGCCUCAUUGUACCCAGUAUGGACCCUAUGUCCUGUACUAACUCCAAGUACUGUAGCUCACAACGUCCAUUGUACUUAGUGCAGAAUGUUUAACUUAAGCCGAGUUACACUUUUUUUCUAAAAAAGCACGUGAUAACUAAGUGCAGCUUUGACAUCCAAUAUUGCAUUUGCCACAUUCAGUGUGCUCUCUGGUGUCUAUACUUACAGAAAAGGAGCUCUUGAUUUUAAAUUUAUACUGGAUCUAUGUUUGUUAUGAUUUGUCCUCAAUCUGCUCCCUUCAGAGUGAACCAUGGACAUGAGGCUAUCAUAAGGCAAUCACUUAAACAGUCUUUAAUGGGACGUCCCAUUAACGCAAUGGUGAUCGCUGUUUUUAGUACUCAGCACACAGCCCAUCUCAUUGUCUUUGUAGUGCACAGAUAGCUGUGGGUGAUAAUUUCCGUCUCCUGAAAGCUGAGAAGGGAAUUUUUAUAAAUGCUAAUUUUUGAAAAUUUCCGCCUGUUUUGCAGUGAUACCAAGUCCAGAAUCUUCAUUAAAUGAAUUUACCUAGAGCCUUGAAUGCACAGUGCUGUAAACCAAAAUGUAUACACUGUAGGAUGUGAAUAACUUCUGUGAUACAGGCAGCGUUUUACUCAACAGGAACCAUUCACCUGGGGCUAUGGGUAAUCUGGGUCAGAGAUGUCAAGUGGACCUAUUUGUGCUUGGGUGUUGGAAUAAAGUAUUUCUUCUGGUUGCAAGUGCAAUGACGUUUCAGGUUGUCCUACCCUAUAAAUGGCAGGGACAUCAUGUAGAUACAGGGGCAAACUUACAAAUGGAAUACACUGAGAAAUGAUGCUUCAUCAGGACUCGAUGACCGGUAUUAUCCGUGAAUGUGUCUGAACAUGAGCUGACGAGCCCCUGGAUUGAAAACCUAAAACAAAUUGAGGCUUGUCGGGGAAAGCAAAUCUAUGGCUUGUCAAAAUGUUGACAUUUUUGCCUGCUUGUCAGAUGUUUAGUAUGUGAAUAUCUUGUGUGUAUCAGCAUAUAAUUACCAAAGUUCCUUGGCUUUUGUAAACAUACUGUAUAGAAGUACAGUGCACUCCAAGUUAAAAGCACCCAGUAACUUGCAUCUGCUGAAUAUAUGAACAACAAUGUUAUUGGAUCUGUAUCAUCAGUUACAGGUAUUUAGCUGUUUAUUGGAAUAUAAGUUCAGAUAUUUUAUUUCCCCCAAGGCUACUGAUGUUUUGAAUUUAGCCCUGAUCUUUUUAGUCAUGUUUCCCUUGCACUAUAUAACAACCGUUUUUAGUCUAGGGCGCUUCCCUGCUGUUAGGCUGGAUACAAUAGUUUUGAAACAUUUUAAUUGCUAACGUGAUUAUUGCUGAAUGCCAUGGUUGAAAUAAACAGCAAAAGCAAGGAGUAACGUUCUUGCUUUUAAGCGCAGUUUAUGUGUUUAAUGAUGAGUCUUAAUUUCCAGGUGAUACUGGAGCUGCUGAAGAUGGAUUUUGCCAGGACAUUGUCAUGAGUAUGUUUAUGUUGGUUUUGGAAAAGUGCUGUAAUAUACUUUGCUGCUCAAGUUGGGUAAUUAUUGUUUUGCUGUAUGUAAAUUCUAAAAUCUUUUAUAACUAUGUUUUGAAUAAAUCGUUCACAAAGGUA